UUCAUCUCUGAUCCUGCGACUUCAUGAGGCUUGCCAUCGUAUAUCAAUAUCCCAACGUCUAGUUACUGUUUACUAGUGACCGCUGAAGCACCUUGCAGUUCAAGGCCGGAUUUGGACAUGACUUGAUCCCAGCACCUUCCGGGGUUCCCCGUUCCCCGCUUUCCUCUCGCCACGUUUCCUCUUGCCUGUCGUUGCUGCGUCCACUAUGCCUCGCUGAAUUCUACUCUAAGGUUUCGCUUAACGACCCCAGUUCCUAUAAUAACGAGUUCGUGAAAGUUGCGGAAGUGAAUCAAAUUUGGACUACGCUUAAUGGCACUUUUUUCUUCCCGCCCAUCGCGACUUAUGGCGCGUUCCGUCCAAAUAAUUCUGGGAAGAGAUACUGUCGAGUCGCCGGAGCACACAGACUCUGAUGACAGCGACAGCGAUAGCGACGGUGUUCAUUCUGAUGGGACAAUUGAGGACGUCGACUCCUAUCCGAGAUGGGGGCUGGGUCACCCGCUGCAGCGCAUGGUUCGCAUAGAAAGUAGCGAUGACGACGAUGUGAGUUCGUAUUACAGGAGCGGUUGGUCGUCGUGUGAUUCAGAGUCCGACUCGUCCACCUCGACCAGCUCGUCUGUCAUCUAUGAUAUCGACUAUGAGAGCCUUAUCGAUGACCUGUUGUUGAAGAAUCCUGGUCUUUACGAAACAAACAGUCUCGUCAUGGUAGAACCAUCUACUCCUACAUCCAAUGACUCCCUUAUGAUAAAAUCGUUGUCGCGAACUUCUCCAGAGCUCUUCCUUAUUUUGGAAUAUAAUCACCCAGAAUACCGCGCGGAUCCCUGGAAUCCCUUUCCUCACAUUCUUUGCGUGGUAGAGCGUGGCGAGAAAGUAUUCCUUUGCCUGCAACGAUUAUUCCAGUUUGACAAACCUCCGUUCCGAAACGUGGCCAACUAUCUUGACUUCUUCAGACAGUCAUUAGAGGGCCUCACAUUUCUUCAUGAACACUAUAUAUCCGAACUUUCGUGCUUCAACUCUGCCUCUUUCAUGGUAGACAUUGGUGCUGGCACCUGCUCUCCUGACUCAGUGGAGCACUUUGACCGCUCCAGAUUACCUGUCAAAUACUACUAUGCCAACCUCUCCUCCGCCGUACAGGAUACGGACCACUCGGAAGCAAUCUAUAAAAAAGACGUCAAGGAAUGUGGAAUGAUGAUCGACCGGCUGCUGUUUAAUCUACCCAAGGUCGGAUCGAAACUCAAAUCUCUGGUCCAUGCGAUGAUUUCCGGUGGAUUCGGCGCGGAUGAUGCGAGGAAGCUGUUUGAAGCACUUUGCAAGUCCCUAGAAUCGCCCGUAUUUGACCUCCCAGUUCCACCACGCGACUUGAGCAUGCCCUUAAAUGCGUCCACGAUGACACGUACGCUAUCGCAUCCUGUCACAAGCAAUUACGACGCCAGUACGGUAACGCUGGUUCCGCCGCCGCAGAUCACUAGAUCCCAGUCGAAUCCUAAGCCAUUUUGAUUUCUCUUCCUUCAUUGGAUGUGUAUCACGCAUAUUCCUACCCUAUACUUCUAUAGAUCUACUGUUUGAUUAUUCUUAUACCUGUAACGAGGACGAGGAUUAGAUGCCAAAAACGCGUACACUUUUCGUGCGUAAUAUUAUUUUUUUUAACAUCGAAACGUACUUUCCUAUGCAGGAUCUGGGGCCACUAACAUGAACGUUCCUGCAAUGGGGUUUCGAAGCCCAACCGCUGCACCAAAUUCGCUGAUGUUGAACAGUGUCCUAGGUGUAGUAGCGUCAACGAG